CAAACACACCCAAAACACACCCAAAACACACCCAAAUCACACCCAAACACACCCAAAACACACCCAAACACACCCAAACACACCCAAAACACACUCAAACACACCCUAACACUCAUUUCAACAUGGCCACUCAAGUCUUUACGUGCGAAGUGACCUACCUGGGCAACAGACAGGUAAACGGCGCCCAAUCUACGUCCUCCCUGAGCGCCCUAGUGGAGGAGCUGCUGCACCCACGCCCACACGCCCACGCCCACACCCACGCGCCCCUCCACCAUCACCUCCACCAACUCCACCUGGAUGAGAGAAAGGAGAAUAUUAAUAGUCUUAAUAAUUACAACAGUCUACCCCGUUGUAUUGGGAAGGUGAGCGAGAGGUGUCUGUUGGUGUGUGACGAAGAGCAGCUGCGUCUAAACCCUGUGAGAAAGGACGAAGGAUUUGAGUCAGACACAGAGUCAUCGGGCAGCGCGUGUGAGGACCCCUGCUGCCGCCAUGACGUCAAGGUAAUUAGUGACCACGUGAUGAGACUAGACCAACUAAUUAAUGAUGAGGGGACGAGGACCAAGAAGACCUCCACUGACUCCUCCCUCUCCUCCUCCUCCUCCUCCUCCUCCUCCUCCUCCUCCUCCUCUAACAGUAGCAGUGGGGCGGAGAGUGAAGAUGAUUCCCCCAGACCCCCCCACCACCACCUCCCCCAGCGUGGUCCCAAUGGUGGUGGUGGUGUUGCUGCUGGCGGUGGCGUCUCUCAGCAGCAGCACCACCACCACCACCACCACCACCACCAGGAGGGCGUGGGCGGAGGCGUGGGCGUGGAUAUCCAGGUGAGCGACAUCUUGUUCUGCCACGUGUCGGGGGCGUGGCCGCGCGUGCUGGUGGUGGCGGCGCGGGCGGCGGGCAGCGCGCAGGUGAGCGCCCACGUGUUCCAGUGCCCCACGCCCGAGGCGGCGCGGGCGCUCUACGCCCACUACAGGGACGCCAGCAGCAGGUACAGACUGAGCCGCUACCGCAACAGUCGACGGCGCGGGGAGGGCGACGUGGGGCGCGGCUCGGGGCGCGGGUGUGCGGUGCGGGCGGCGGAGUACGGCGCGGGCGUGCAGGUCAUACCUGUGGGGCAGGGCCUGGGCGCCGCGCCGGCCUGGGGCAUGGGGGGCGGCGUGUUCGCGGGCGCGGGCGUGCACCACCUGCACAACGGCGUGACACAGAUAGAGAUCCCCAGCGGCCCGCCCAGCCUGGGGAGCGGCGUGGGGGGCAGCCUGGGCCCCGCGGGGGGCGCGAGGUGGGAUGGGGGGCGGCGAGGGUGGCAGGCUGCGGCAGCGCGAGCACCCCAGCCUGCUGCCGCGCCCCCAGGAGGCGCGGGGCCGCAGCCGCCGCGACGCCCACGAGGGGACCGCCGCGCCCCCAGCCCAGCUAUGCAGGCCCCAGAGCGGCCGUCACGCGCGCGCGCCCCCCGCGGGCACAGCAAGGGCCGCGCCCCCGCGCCGCCGCCGCCGCCGCCUCGCCGCCACCCGCAUCUACCGGGCGUGCUGCUGGUGCCCACUAAGAGCGGCGCCGAGCACGCCCGCGCGCUGUACCCUAAGGACAGCCUGCUGCACCACGCCCUGCUGUCGCGCCGCCCUCACGAGUACCACGCCCCCAGGGCCCGCGACGUGCCCGUGCCCAACCCCGAAGCGCGCCGCCGCGCACGCUCCAAGAGCCCCGCGCGCCGCGCCGCGCUGCCGCUGCACCCACUGGCGCCCCUCACCGCCUUCAGCCUCACGCAGAAGAUCAGGGACCUGUCCGGCGCGGUGUUCGGCGCGGGUGGCGGCGCGGCGACCAGCGCGGGGGGCGCUGCGCCCUCAGGACACCGCCGCUCGCUGUCCACGGGAGGCAUGGCGGCAGCGGGCGGCGAGGGAGGCAGCCUGCGGCCAGUCAUCAAGAGGGGGCGGCGCCCUGAGGGGUCUCCACAGCCGCGCCGCGUCACCUUCAGCGCCUACGCCACUGUGCAGGUCAUGGACGCGUGAGGGGAGGAGGGGCUCGUCCAGCACAACACCCCCACCCCACCCACUGCCUGCAGCACCCAAGUGCUCCCCCAAACACCCCAUGCCUGCCCUGCGCGGCGGUCACCUGGCACCCGCCCUGCUCACCCCGCCCUGCCUGUCCCGGCCUGCCUGGCAGGGAGGCUGCGGGGCAGCGAGGCACGCACGGACAGGCAGGCUGGCAGGCUGGCAGGCUGGCAGGGAAGGAGGGAACCAUGUUUACUAACAGUAUUCUAUUACACACACACACACACACACACACACACACACACACACACACACACCUCGCUCAAGUCGUAACUAAGUCCCCACAAGAUAACAAGAGAGAGAGACACCAAACACACACACACACACACACACACACACACACAACCUUGGCUGCGUACAUUCAUCUCCUCUCUCUCUUUCUCUUACACACACACACACACACACACACACACACACACAGACACAGACACACACACACACACACAGACACAGACACAGAUGAACACCUGCAGUCAUUGAGUGUGUCAGUAAGUAUAGUUAAUGACCAUUAAGAAGAGCCUGCCAUGUAUUAGCGUCAUCAUUAGCCGUGUCAUAGUAUUAUCAUCAUUAUUAUUCUCAUUUUUGGGGGAAAGAAGUCACUUGUAUUUUGUGUAAGUGUAUUUGGAAGAGAUUAUAUACCAUUAAUAACAAACAAUCAACAAAUUAAUAAAACUAUCUAUAUAU